CUUCUACCUAUCUAGCUUUCUUAGGAAUAGGCUCAAGGUUAGCUGGUAUGUGAGGCCGCUACAACAUGACGGAUUGAGUUUAAUUCUUACCCUGAUAGGCGAUCAAAUCCCAAUUAAACAAACCCCCCCUCCCAAAUAAAAAAAUCUAGUUUUCUCUGACUGCAGUUAAUGCUUGGGCUUCACCCUGCCUUCCAAGGUUUUGUAAGCAGAUGGAGGCCUAGAUAUCUCCAUGACUAGGGCUAUAAAUGGGUUAGAUCUGGUUCUGCUUGACCUAGACUCGGACCCGAUCCAGCUGUGUCCAAGUCAGACCCAAAUGGGUCCAUUUCUAAUUAAUUAUAUAUUUUGAGUUAUAUAAAAUAUUCUUAAUAAAUUUGUAUUAUAUCAUGACCCCAACCUGGAUCUGACCUAAUCCAAUAUGGUCUAAGAUGGGUCUAGACUUGACACGGGCUGGGUCUAGGUCAAACAGACCCAGACACGACUUGCCUGGUCCACUAACUUGGUCCAAACCUAGACUCAGGUCAAGUCGGUGGGUUGACCUAACCCUUUUACCAUCCCAUCCAUGACAGACCCUCCAGACUCGAUCAAUUUAAUGGCUCCUUAGUUGUCAAUCUAAACGUGCAACUCCAAAGCUCAUUUUGUUAAUAUUAACAAAGAGACCAGAAGCCAUUUCAAAGCACUUCCAGAAUAGCCAAAGAUUACUUGUUUGGGCCGCCCCAAAAGAACAAUGUAUCAUUUACAUAAUGCAGACAAUGAGAUAGUUAGCCUGUUCUCUGAGAUUUUAAAACUUAUAACAUUCCACAAUGAUCAACUCCUCUCCUUAUUGACCAAUUAUAUAGAUAAUAAGGGUGACUAGCGGUCUUCUUGCUUAAUAUUCUAGCUCUGAUAAAUCCUUCAAGGCUCCCAUUAUGACAAUUGAGAAGUUAGUUGACCCAUAAUUUCCAUAGAUCCGCAUAGACCACCUCGCCUCCAGCAGCACAUUUGAUGCCUGAGGUCCCAUUUUUAGAUUGAGAAUGGAUACACUUCUAAGCCACCAAUGCACUACCAAGGAUUUGCAUGCCCUUCACGUAAUCUAUUUGAAGGGGUGACAUCACCUCACAGAGGACCAUUUGUAGUUUGGAGGCUAGAAUCCUUCUAAGUAUCUUCUUAAGGCUUUCAAAUAGAUUGAUUGCUAAGAUAUCAUCGAAGGUUUCUACCAAGUGGGGCAAUCGGGAGUUUGGGACGGGUUAGGUUGGGUCAACCCCAACAACCCGACGGGUCGACCCGAUCUGGGUCUGAGGUCCAGGUCUAAACCCUUGGAACCAAGUUGGACCCGAACCCAACUCAAACAUAUCUACACACGCGCGUACACACACACACACACAUAUAUACAUAUAUAUAUAUAUAUAUAUAAUAUCAGUGUUCAAAAAAUCGAAUCGGCCUAGGGCUGGGUCCGAGUAAUCGGUAUAUCGGCUGGCGGCCUAGGGUUGGGUCCGAGUAAUCGGUAUAUCGGCUGGUUCAAUCGGCCUAAUCGGGCAUGUCUCGGCCGGUCUAAAAAGUAGUAAAAAAUAAAACAAAUACAAAAAAAUCCAAAAAACACAUGAAAAUCAUAUUUAAAGCAUGAUUAAAUAAAGAACAUCCAAAUGAAGUUGAAAAAUAGUGAAUAAAAAUGGAUACUAAAAAAUUGAUUGCCCAAGGGUAUUAACACUUUCCGAUCUAUGUCAAAAUGAUAAAAACAUUCGAAAACACAUUACAAACAAAUCCCCUAUUUAAAAAGAAAAUGAGUUCAUGGCUAUGCUGACCAUAGCCUUCUCAUUAAAGUUCUUUAAAAUUUAAAUGUUAGCAUUAGGUCGAUCUUUAUAUCCUCCCAUAAAUCUCAAAAGAAAGUAAUGAGGACACCAUUAGGGCCAGAGCCGAGCAACCAUGGCCCGAGGGUAGGGUCGGGCGAUAGGCUUGGGCCAAACCCAUCCCUGCCCAACCCCACACUCUUGUCUUCUUUUUCCCAUUGUUUUAUUUUCAAUUAUAUUGGACCCAGCCCUACCCUGGUGGACUAGGGCCAGGGCCUUUUGGUCAAAUUAGGGCCAAGAUGGGCUUGGCCUGGUCCAACCCUAUGGGGACCGCACAGGGGAGGCCCGGCCCCAAUCCAGCAUGUUGCCAAUCCUAUUUAAGACUAAAUUAUCUCCAUCUCCCCUUGUUUAAAUGACCUUUCUAGCCAAGUAACACAUUCAAGUGGUGCUCCUCCUGAAGAUCGAAUAUGAAAUGUUUGAUGAUCGCCUCAUCAAUAGCUCUGAAGUCACCAAGGUCUAUUUGGUCCAAUACUACAGACACUGGACGGGCUCUAAUGUAUAAAAUUUCUAGAAAUCCUUGUGUGUUGCUUCAAGUAUGUUCAUAUGAUGAGGGUUGAGGAAACACACUGAACUAUCGCAUUUGUUGAGGCAUAUUAAUGUUGUAAGUCCCUAGUAGAAAAAUUUUCCUUUGGAGUUCAACACAAACUACAAAAUCAUAUUUACAAGCCCCUACUAAUAGAAAAUACCAUUAAGAAGUUGCUAAUAUUGUGAAUGAGUCAAAUCAGUGUAAUCUGGAAGGGGCAUCGAAUUGGAAAAGUGUUAGAUUUGGUUUAGUUCGCAGUUCGACCGGACAUUGAACUGAACGUGACUCAUGUAAACCGGGCUAACGAUUUCUCAAGUUAUAUGCUUUUUCAAGAUCUGGUUUUGUAGAGGCUGAAUUGGUUUGGAGUCGGUUGGGGGUCUGAAAGGCCAAACUAGCCAGUCUGUUUCUGAUAAGAAUGAAUCAAUUUGGGCAGAGAGCUUAUCCUUACAUCCAUUGUAUAAUUACAAUAAAGCAUGCAAUGUUUAAUUCAAGUCUAUCUCCUCUCAGGUGGUGGCCGAAAGUUUCGGUGAACGCACCAAAUUUAGAAAGAAAAAGACCCAAAGAUGGGGAGAGCUAUUACCAUUGCGAUGAUGAAAAUAGAUAUCGAGCUGUAAAGGAGCGCGCAUUUGAAAUUCAAAAUGAAUGGACCAUGCCACAAGGCAAGAACCAAGGAGAGUAGAUGAACAAUACAGCUAUAUAAGCUUUUCACAUCCCUUUCUCUUCUUAAAAAUUGGAGUCCGUAGUUGCUUCAAAGGUCAUCCUCACCCUCUUAGGUUGCUACGAGAAAAUAUGAAGCGUUCAUCGAAAGUUGACAGGAUUAGCUAUCUACCCAUCCACAUCCUCUCCUGUAUUCUCUCUUACUUGCCCGUCGAAGAAGCAUGCGGAACCUCUAUACUUUCUCAUCAAUGGAAGCAAAUUUGGUCUUCUAUGCCAGUGCUGGAUUUGGAAAUCGAUACAUUCUCUGAGGGCGUGAGUGAUGAAGCUCCUUCACAUAGGUCAGAAUGGGGUCUGGUGCAUGACAAAGACGGCCCCAUUCUCCGGUUUCAGUUGCUGGAAUCAAUGAUAUGCUGCCUCCUCGACCUGGAACAAUGGAUCGGUAUCCUGGAAAACAUGGGUACCCUGGAACCCGAUUGCAUUCUUUGUUGUGUCACUCCAUAUGAAUUACCAGCUUCCCUGUUUUCAUUGACCUCCCUAGUUUCAUUGGAGCUCUGGCGUUGUGAAGUGGAGCCCCCACCUGCAUUUCAGGGGUUUUCAUUUCUAAAGUUCCUCUCUCUUGAAUGUGUUACUGUCAGCAAUGAAAUGCUUGAAUCCUUGGUGUCUAACAGUAAGGUUUUAGAGAGCUUGAGGGUGGUAAACUGCUAUGACCUCAAGAUAAUCAAAUUUGAUGCUCCCAGCCUUCUUUCUCUCUAUCUCCAAGGUGAAUUUCAUGAUUUGGAUGUGAGUGUUAAUUCCAACCUGAAUAAUCUUGCCAUUUAUUGGUUAAGCCAUGGAGUACCUAGCAUUCGCCUACAAGGUUUGGUCAAGUUGGAAUCUUUGUGCUUCAAUGGUUGGAUCCCCGAUGUUGUCAUGGCUGAAGAUGAUGAAAGUCGAAUUCAUAGUUGUUUCUCGAAGAGCAUUAGUUCUUACUUCAAGCCUAAGCCUUGGUUAUGCUGCCUUAAAAGACUGGAGAUGAAGGCAAGGUUUAUUGAGGAAAUACAAGUAGCAGAAUUCUUUCUGUUGAAUUCACCUGCACUGCAAGUGUUAUCUCUCCACAUUAAACUUCCAAAGAAAGAGGAGACAAAAUCAAAGUUAAUGGAGCGCUGGGCUCUCAUUCCUAAAGCUUCUCCAGAAGCCACAUUUAUAUUGACUUAGAUUCAAAGUUUGUGUAGGGGGGAUCCUUUUUUGUUCUGGGUUGGUCAGCAAUAAGAAUCAAACUUGAAAUGAUUUUGUAUUUGCUACUUUCAUUAUUUGUCUGGUUUGUUUUCCCUUUUUUUUUAAUAUUAAAUGGAUGCUAUUUUCAUUAUUUGGUUGGUUUUUUCU